CAAGCACUUCAUCUUUAUAUUUGUGUCUGCCAAAAGGCCUUGCAAUGGGCAAUUGGAGAAACGCUCAAUGGUGUUUCAAUUGCACCUGCAGUUUUACGCUUGGCCGAGCGCAGGUAGGCUGCGACGCAGACAGCGCUGCCACUGCUGUCAAAAUUGACCACCUGACGGUGGUAUCUACAGCGUGGUGCAGCGUCUUAAACUUAUUUACCAAGAGCUGGUUGUGCCAGCAACAACAGACAGAUAAACAGGCACACAGACAGACAUAGUACAAGCUACACACAAUCAAGUGAAUCACAUAUAAGAUGUGCACGAUUAAAUAGGAAAAUUAUUGUGAUUAGAGCUAUAGCGAAAAUCUAAAGCUGAGCACUAAAACUUCUACCGAUGCGCACAAAAUUGCAAGUGUUCAAAUACAGAAUGAAAACAAAGCAAAGGCCAACUGCUGCUAUUGCUUCUGCCGCUACUUCCGCUGCAACAAGCGCUGCUGGCAGCAGUCGUCCAAUAUCCGUUAGGCAGCGCAGCAAAGAGGAAGAGACAACUAAAUUAAGGCAGCUGCAUCCACAGCCGCAGCCGCAGCAAUGCGAACGCGAACGGAAGCACGAGGCAGCCAGAAGGGAGAGGGAAGCGCAGGCGCACCAGAAACGCGCUGUCCAACUAAGGCGACCAACACCGACGCUAACAGCAUUGCGUUCAAUGCACAAGCCCAGCUUUGACAAAGGUAAACAGCAAACACCUAGAAUACGCAACCAGUCCGAUGGACAGAUUCACACAAAAGCUGCUGAAAACGGUAACUCCACCAUCGACCCCUAUGCUACCUCCGGAUCCAGUUCCGCCGACGAUAAAGAGACAGCACAGCUGCGACUGCAGCUAGAGCAUUUGUCACAGUUGUCCCAGCAGGAUUUCGAGCGAGAGUUUCGCAAAUGGAUGGCACAGGAGGGCAUCGAGAAUAAAAUGCAUACGCACCUGCGCAUGGAACUUAUCAAUAGCUUCAACAGCAGCUCGCUUGGUCAACUUCUGACCCGAGUAUCGUCCACCUCUGCACAAUUAAGUCAGCGGCAGAAGUGUCUGUUGCUGUCGCCAUUGGCUUUGGCUCUGCACACGCUCGUCGCUGAGUUUCUCUAUGAACAAAAUUGUCAUUACACGCUAUCCGUCUACUGCAGUGAAAUGCCGCAUCGUCAUACGCUGCCCGACUUCGAUAAUCGCCCUGGUUUUCGCUUUAACGAGCAGGAGCUGCAUUUGGUGCUUUCUGCAGUGCUUGGCGAAACGCAGCGGGAGCCUCAAGUAAAGCUGGAAGAGACAGUGCAUCAGGCUUAUGGCAUAACGAAACAGUCGCUACUGCUAGCGCUGCUCAAGAGCUUGGUAGAUGCUCGUUGCACAGUUUUGCCACAGAUCAACGAAUCCACGAUGACACAAAGGAACUGGGCAAGUCAAACAGAGGAGGGCACACAAACGGAGCCGGCAGUCUGUUUGCUGAGCAGCCCGAAUGUGGACACGAGUCGGCUGUAUCAAGCCGAAGAACUGGUUGUGGCUGCCGAUGGACAUACUGUCUUUAUUGGACCACGCGUCUCUCAGUCAGUGAUCGGCGUGGAGCAACAACUGUUCCAGCUAAUGCACUGUAUGGAGUCGCUUUGCAAGUCGUGUGCGCCGCCCGUCGAGAUUAUCACGCAGCAAGCGUUUGAACAGUUACUAAAGCAAGAGAUGCAGGAGCGUCAGCGCCUUUUAAGUAUGGGACAACUGCUGGGGCCCGGACAGACGGCAAUACAACUGCCAGACUUACCACAACAGCAAGAGCCGCAAGUGACGAGACAGGAUAAAAACACAGUUCUGUCUCCGGUUGGGCUCAUUCAGUUGCCAGCGGAGUCACCAUCUGUGCCAAAGCUGCCGCACUUGCAUGUGGAGCAGGUGGCCAGCCUGGCAAGAGUGCAACAGGCUUUGCAGAAAUACCAGCAGCAGACUCCCCAGACCCAGGACGCAAUGUACAUAACGCUGGAGAGGCUUCAAGCGCUGGUAGGUGAGCUCGCUGGCUGUGUGCAGACGCUGAGCAAUGUGCUCAAUCUGGCUAUGGAACAAGAAUAUGCCGUAGGCAGGCACAAAGGCUUCAAACUGGGCUAUCGCGAAGGCUUCUCCCAUGGCCAUUACAUGGGCGUCCAGGAGGGCAUGCAAUGCCCGCGGCAGCAACAGUUGACGGACAGCUCCACCCAAACCCUAAUACUGCUUCCACAGCGUACAAUGCGGACGAGCGCUACCCAAACGGAAAGCAUUCAACAGCGGCACACAUCGACUAGUCCAAAGCACAGAGAACAUGAAGCCUUGAAGGACGUCGCUAGCCAAACAGAUCAAGCUCCUACUGAAACGCCUGUGUCUUCUCGUAGCUAUGAACAAUGGAUUUAUGAGAUGCUGCACAGUCAAAGCGGUCAUAUCUUUCUGGAACGUGUCGAGCUUUCGUUGAACAAAGCAUUGGAGCAACAGAAGCAGCGCCUGGAUGAGCUCUUUGACGUGAAGCUGCGUCACUAUGCCGAACUAAUGCGCCUCAGUCGUCGGCAGAGCUCCUGGCGUACGCUUUGCCGACAUGUGGAGCGUGACUCCCACUCCACAGAAGCACGUGAUUUGGUUCACAAGAUAUUUCGACUGCUCGAACACUACGAGGCACACCAUCAGUUGUUAGCGGAGAAGAUACAACAAUCGGAACUGGCCGCCGAGGAAACGGCACGCAUUCUGCCCGUGUGGACCGAUGCGACUGCAAACAAUCGUCCUCCUACGACCACAAUUAACUCUCAACCUGCGACAUCAACAAGACCUGUCUCUGCGUCGUAUCUUCAUAAUCCACUAGAUUUGAGUACAUCGUCACCCACCGAUAUUCCUGCUGCUUCUUUUUCAUCUGCCCCAGCUCCUGUUCAGCCAACGAAGCCGCAGUUGAACAGUGUUGCGACUAACACCUGUAGCCAGAGCAGACAACACAUAUCAGAUGUCCAAACACAGGCUGUGCCCAGCUUCAAUGAAGCGUUACUUAACGCCAAAAAUCGCAUGCUGCAGCUGGAGCAAGAGAGUGAUCUGCUGGAGCAGAGUUUCAUGGGUUAUCUGGAAAGUGCGCGUGCUCAGAAGCAGAAGCUCAACAUACGCGCCAGCUGUGUUCGCGAACGCCAGCAAAUCCAUCACACCUUGGAAAGCUUUCGCGAGUGGCAGCGACGUUGUGACGAUGUGAAUCUGUCAACAAAGUUUCCACCGGUCGGUUCGCCCAUUAUCAGCGGGUCCGAGCUGGAUCAAGAGAGUUAUCAAUUUACCAAUGCGAUUGCCGUGGCUAGGCGUAAGCUCUUCUCAGAGCUUCAGUCAAAUUCGUACACCUUGCCAACAGCAAAAAUAACAGCAACAGCAAAAGUACCAGCAGCAGCAGCAGCAGUAGUGUUUCCAGAGUUGGAACUGGAACAACCAGCGCUGGCGAACAAACGAUUGGCUGAUCAGGUGCAGAACGACACACAGCAUCUGCUGAGCCGAGUGGAACUAACACUGGCGCGUGUCUCCAAGCCUGGAAGCCUGCAGUUGCUGACCACCGAAGCCCAACUUAAUAAUGCACAGGAAACAGAUCUGGUUAGCAGCAGCAGCACGCUCACCUCUCUAGCAGAUGUGGAUGCCAAUAGAGGCGACGAGACGGUAACACCGCCUGCCAGACGUAAACUGCAGCGCUCCAUGGCUAGGAUGCAUCAGCUCUUUGGUGUCGGGGAAGCGGCACAACGCCCAACCGUAUUUGAUGCUUCACCAAUGCCUAAAGUGAAGAUAGCAACACGUCCUUGGAGUGCACCCACAAGUAUAUUGAAUGCGACUUGCCCAGCCACUGCAUUAGUUCAGCGACCGCACACCGCGCCAAGUAUCAGAACGGAGUUGCCCAAAGCUACGGAAGCCAAAUCCAAUCUUUUGGGUCUGCUGGACGCUCUCAGCGAUGUUGGCAACACGACGGCCAAUUCAAGUAGCCUUGCUAGCAGUCCGGACACCCGACCUGUUGCCACGGGGGAGGUGUACGCUCAGCUGGUAAGCAACGUCUCAUCCGCAUCGCUCGCGUCCUCCAGUCCACCUCCCUCACAUAGCCUCGAGUUCUGGGAACGCAUGAAUCUCUGAUGAAAUCCGACGUUUGCUUUGCUAGACCCCCUUGCUGCGUUGUGCCACUGCGUUCCUGGCUAGCAAAGCAUUCGUCCUCAGUCCCAUUUACUUAUAAUCCAAUAAAGAUUAGAUCACUCGUACAUACAUUUAUAUGUAUAUGCGUAUAUGUAUGUAGGAGUGUUUCAAUCUUUAUUGGAUUAGACGGAUUAUAUAUAUGUUAUAUGUAUACAUAUAUAGCUUAUAUUCUUGAUAGAUUAGCAGCUCGACCACAUUUCAAAAUUACAUCAGUAUUAUCUAUAUCUAAAUAUGCAAUUUUCAUACUAAAUAUAGUUUUAAAAUAAUUAUAAAUUCUUCAGUUGCUGAAGAUAAAAUAUGAUAGCAGACACUAAAGACAACGAAGUUUUUAGAUAAUGUUCACAUUUAUAGAGCAUCCGAAAAUGUUUUUUUUAGGAUAAAUGGAGCCAAUAGAU